AUGGAAGACCUGAAAAAGAACAGCAAUGGACACUGGCGGGUGCUGGCCGAUCGAGUGAUGGUGGCCGGUGACAAGGGAGAUCCGGUGCGCGGCGAUGACAAUAGGAGGAUCGGGGGGGCCGAUCGGUUGUCAGAGAGGGUUGCGAGCAAUGGUGGAGGCAGCCGGAGGUGGCUUCGGUUGGUUGCAGUGGCAGGGUACUGUGCGCGCAGGAGCUUGAGGCCGUGGAGGCGACGACCGGUGGUGGUGAUUACGGGGCCGAUGGAGUCAGCGGGAGGCGGUUGCGGCGGCUGCGGUGGUGGCCAGGCUGGUAUACCUUUCAAUGCAAUUGACAAUGAUAGCUUCAAAUUGUUUGUUGAGGCGGUUGGUCAAUUUGGGCCGGGCUUCAAACCUCCCAGUCAAUACCAAUUGAAGGAACCACUAUUAAAGGGGGAAGUUGACAGAAUAAAAGAGUUAUUGAAGAAGCAUGAAGAAGAAUGGGCACGAACUGGGUGCUCCAUUAUGACAGAUGCUUGGACAGAUAGAAAAAGGAGGAGCAUCAUGAACCUAUGUGUUAAUUCUAAUGCAGGUACUGCUUUCCUUUCUUCUAGAGAGUCUUCAGAUGAAGCACAUACAAGUGAACUUAUCUUUGAGUAUGUGGAUAAAUGCAUUGAGCAAGUUGGGCCACAAAACGUCAUCCAAGUAGUAACCGACAAUGUUGCCAAUAAUAUGGGAGCGGCAAAAUUAUUGAAGGUGAAGAGGCCAAAUAUCUUUUGGACCUCAUGUGCUACUCACACCAUCAAUUUGAUGCUUGAAAGUAUUGGAAAACUGCCGAAGUAUAAGAAAGUCAUUGAUCAGGCCAAGAGUUUCACAAUCUUCAUUUAUGCACACCAUAAGACCUUGUCCUUAAUGAGGUCAUUUACGAAGAAGAGGGAUAUAGUGAGACUAGGAGUUACUAGAUUCGCUUCUGCUUUCUUGACUUUACAGAGUUUGAUGGAGAAAAAGGCCCAAUUGAGGGCAAUGUUUACCAGCUCCGAAUGGGAGGAGUGCAAAUGGUCAAAGAUUGUUAAAGGGAAAGCAGCCUAUGCUACUGUGAUGAGCAUUGCUUUUUGGAAUGGUGUGACUAUAUGCCUUAAAGUUUUUGCACCUUUGGUGAAGGUGCUUCGAAUUGUUGAUGCGGAUAGAAAGCCUUCUAUGGGCUUUUUAUGUGGAGAGAUUAAGCAAGCAAAGGAAGAUAUUAAGGAGGUCUUAAAUAAUCUUGAAAAGAACUAUAAGCCUAUUAUGGAGAUUAUUGAAGCAAGGGUAAAAGAUAGGCUAGAUAGUCCACUACAUUUUGCAGCUUACCUUUUGAAUCCCUACUACUUUUUCAAGGAUAUGGAUAUACAACUUGAUAAUGAAGUGAUGGAUGGGCUUUUUAACUGUGUGGAGAUGUUUUAUCAUUAUGAUGGUGAAUUGCAAGGCCAUGUUAUAAAUGUUGAGUUGCCAAAGUAUACUCGUAAAGAUGGAGCUUUUGGAAAAUCGUGGGCAACUCAAGGGUGUGCGAAAAAUGAUGACAAUUAUAAUCCAGUUACAUGGUGGAUGACUUAUGGAAAUCAAACUCCAAACUUGCAACGAAUGGCGAGAAAGAUUCUCUCGUUAACCACUAGUUCAUCCGGUUGUGAAAGAAAUUGGAGCACUUUUGAAGGGGUUAGUGUAUAUAUGAAUUAUAUUUAUUUACUAUCAAUUAGUUAUCCUUAUUCAGUUAUCAUUUAUAUUGAU